GACAAUUAACAGAGCGUCAUUUUGUAAAUUUUUGUUUUGGUUUGGAAUGGAGUACCUUUUAGAAAAAUAAUUAUCUAACAAACAGUUCUGGUUUUGUAAUUCCAAGAUUACUGUUCGUUAUUGAUGGAAGAACAUUAGGAUUUACUUAAUACUGGAGGUUUAAGUAAAUUUUACAUUGUUGAUCCUAACAUGGAAGAAGGUCGCGUAGCCCCACGAGGUCGCGGAGCUGCAGCUCUAGCGGCUCUACUAAAGCAGAAAAAGGAACAGCAAGUCGGUAUCCAAUCCCAAGUACCUCCGCAAACAUCGAGUAUUUCGACGGAGGAACAUGGGGUACCAGAACCUGUUGCACCAGCACCACGAGGGCGAGGUGCUUCUUUAUUGGCUAGUUACCAGAAGAAAAAAGAGGAAAUGCAACAACAUGUUGGUGUCCAACCUGUAACGUCUCAAGGAGAGGCCCCAAAACCGAAGGGUCGGGCAGCAAUGUUAGAGAAGUACUAUCAAACUAAACUGGUAGGAUCGGCACCUGAAAGUACAAGUAGUCCCAAAUCAAAAAUUGAAGAAAUAACCAAAAAAAUUGGAGAGAUUACAACUGAAGAUGAAGCUUUAGAGACAAUGUAUUACAGAGGUACUACUGGAAAAGAAUUACAGCUAUCUGUAAAUUAUAUUCAACUGAAUAUACAAAAAGGUGGAGGAGUUUUUCAGUAUGAAGUUGUAUUUAGCCCUGAACUAGAUGCAAAAAGUCAAAGAUAUGAGUUAGUUAAUAAGAUAAUGGGAGAUCUUAAAACUGUAAAAGUAUUUGAUGGAGGUAGCUGUUUGUAUCUUCCUCAGAAAUUCAUUGACACCCAAAAAUCUUACGACAUGAAUCUCACAAAUGGUGAUCAAGCAGUUACAGUAACUAUUAUAUUUAAGAAACAGAAGCGAUUGGGUGACAAGGACUGUUUGCAUUUGUAUAAUGUUUUAUUUAAAAGGAUCAUGUUUGUCCUUUUAUACACACGCAUUGGAACAAAUUAUUACAAUACAGAACAUAAACAUAUAAUUCCGCAACACAAGCUUGAGGUGUAUCCGGGUUUUGUAGUGACCGUUGUUGACCGUGAGUCUGAUCUGUUGUUAUGUUUAGAUACUCAGCACAAAAUAAUACAUAACCAGACGGCAUAUCAAUUACUGGCUGAACUCAAGUGCUCUUCAGACGCUCGAAAUUUCAAAGAAAACGCAUAUAAAUCAUUCCUGGGCAUGUGUGUUAUUACGCGAUAUAAUCACAAAACCUAUAUUAUUCAUGAUAUUUUAUGGGACGUGACUCCAAAGAGUACUUUUCCAACUCACGAUGGACGGGCUAUUUCUUACGUUGAGUAUUACAAGAAUCAAUACAAAUUAGACAUUCUAGAUCAUCAUCAGCCAUUACUUUUGCAUAGAAAAAGUGUAACUGUAGCAGGUUCAUUAGAAAAAGAAGAUAGGAUGAUUUGUCUAGUACCGGAACUUUGUUAUUUAACAAAUCUAACAGAUGCCAUGCGAAAUGAUUUUAAGUUAAUGAAGGAUGUGGCAUUUUUUACAAGAAUUACUCCUCAGCAGCGAAGACUAGCCUUAAGAACGUAUAUCGAUAACGUUCGGAAUAGUGAAAGAGCUCAGGAGCUGUUGUCACAAUGGGGUUUAUCGUUAGCCGCCGAAAACCUGGGUUUAACUGGAAGGCAGCUGGAGACAGAGACAAUUAUUUAUGGUAAUCAAAUUACCAAGUCCGCCGGUCCCAGUGCCGAUUGGAACAGAGACCUUGGAAAUAAUCCCGUUCUUAUGCCAGUUGACAUACGGAAUUGGGUCGUAUUUUAUACGCACCAAGAUACGCAGUGCGCUCGGGAGUACGCAAACCAUAUGCAAAGAUUGUCAAGAUCGAUGGGCUGCCAUAUUGCCGAACCUCGAUUGGAAAAAUUGCCUAACGAUCAGACCCAGACAUAUAUUACCUUUGUUAAAGAUCGACUCGAUAAGGAUGUUCAGGUCGCCGUUUUUAUAUGUCCUUCGAUGAGAACUGACCGAUAUUCCGUAAUAAAAAAACUGUGUUGUGCCCAGUUUCCUGUAGCGUCCCAAGUGAUUAACGCGAGAACGUUAUCGAAACCAGAUAAGGUCCGAUCGAUCAUUUUGAAAAUAGCGCUACAGAUCAAUUGCAAGUUAGGAGGGAGCUUGUGGACGCUCAGAUUUCCUUUUAAAGGGUGGAUGAUAUGCGGAAUCGACGUAUACCACGGUGCGCAAAAUAAAUCAGUUUGCGGAUUUGUUAGUAAUCUGAAUGAAAAUUUUACCAAGUGGUUUUCCGCUGCCCUAUUUCAGUCUAAAGAAUUAGGAGAUUUCUAUCAAAUGGCCUUUACUAAAGCUUUGGAAGAAUAUAAAGCUCAUUCUGGUUCUUACCCUGGCAAAGUUAUCAUUAUUAGAGAUGGUGUGGGCGAUGGACAAUUAGACCAUUGCAAAGAACACGAACUCAAGCAGUUUCAAAAUGUGCUAAAAGCAUUUCAAUUCGAAACCAACAUUUGCUUCGUUAUUGUACAGAAACGGAUUAGUACGCGUAUAUUUCAUUCAGUCAGAAAUGGCCAAGUAGAAAAUCCACCGCCUGGAACAGUAGUAGAUCAUACAAUUACCAGCAAAUAUUUGUACGAUUUCUUCUUGAUUUCUCAGAACGUUAGACAAGCUACAGUGAAUCCUACGCAUUAUAUCGUUCUCCAUGAUUCUUGUAACAUUAAACCCGACCAUAUACAAAGGCUGUGCUACAAACUUUGCCACUUGUACUACAAUUGGCCGGGAACCAUAAAGGUGCCUGCACCUUGCCAAUAUGCACACAAGUUAGCUGCUAUGGUAGGACAGUUUGUAAAAUGCCAGCCGUCACCUGAAUUAGCUACCAAGUUAUGGUAUUUGUAAAUUUGUUGGCAUUUAUACUAUGUAUUAUUUUGUUUUUGUCUGGAGAAUAUUUUUUUUCUAAUUCUUUACUUAUCGAUAAUUUGACUUACUGUUCUAUACUUUACUACUUAAGUAUGUUUGUUAAUUCUUUAUAUGUCUUUAAUAGAUCUAAAACUGUUGUAGUUUUAUGCAAAUUAUUUUUAAUUUCAAAGACGUUGGUUUUUAGAAUUUUCUAAAUUUUUAAGUAAGACUAGUGUAAUAUUUGUUAUGUAAAAUAUAUUUUUCUAUCUAUAUUGAAAA